AUGGAAAAUAAUAUUUUUGCACAAAAUAUUUAUUUUAAAGGAUUUAAUGACAGAAAAAUAAAUUAUUUAAAAGUUAGUGAAAAUAAAACUUUAGAAAAUUGUGAUUAUAAUAUACCUUCAAUGACACCAAUGAAAAAUAUGAAAGACGAAAAUGAUUUAAGUAAACUAAAUGUAGGAAAUAUAAAUUCAAGUAUAAAUUUAAAAUAUCAAUCAUUGAAAAAUAUAAAUAAUGAGAAUGAUUAUGUAAAUAAAAUUGCGAAGUCUUUAAAUUUUAAUGCAGCUCCUAAUAAUAAUAUAUACCCAAAUAAUAAUUUGCUAUAUAUUAAUAAUAAUUUAAAUAAUAAUAUGAAUAGUAAUUUGAACAAUUCUUAUAACUUCAGCCAAAAUGGUCAAACUAAUGAGAUAAAUGAAAAUAAUUUAAAUAAGAAUAUUUAUAAAGAUAUAAAAAAUUUAGAUAAAGUAGAUUUGAACAAUUUUAAUAUGAAUUCAUUUAGUAACAGUAGAAAUAUAAAUAUGAAAAAUAAUGAUUUUAUAGGUACCAAUGUAAAUAAUAAUGAAAAUUUACUUUUAACUAAUUCACAUCAAAAAUUAAAUUAUAUAAAUAAUAAUGAGAACAAUCAAAUUAGUAAUAAUAAUAAUAAUAAUAAUGAAAACAACAUAAAACAAUAUAAUAUUAAUUUGAAUUCUAAUAAUUUAUCUGCAUUAAAUAAAAAUUUAAAUGUAUACGAAAAUAAAAAGAUGGAAAAUAAUAUAAAACAAACUAUUUAUAAUAAUAUAUAUCAAAAUAAUCAAACCAGUUCCAAUAUAAAUAAUACUACAUUGAGUAACUUAAAAAAUAAUUUAAACAAUUUUAUGAAUACUGGGAUUUUAGUAAAUAAAAAUAAUAUAGCACAAAAUAAAAAUAUUUCAUUAAAUAAUUAUAGUGAUAAUAUAAUGAAUUCUUUAAGUAAUAAAACUAAUGAUAAUAAUAAUUUAAAAUUAUUUGAUAAUAACAUUAAAAAAAUGAAUGAAAUGGAAACAAGUAAUUUAGUAAAUAAUCAACUUAAUCAAAAUAUGUCUAUUAAUAAUUUUACUAAUGCAUUAAAUAAUCAGUUAAAUAAUAAAAAUUUUAAUCAAGUAAAUAAUUUAAAUACUACAAAUAAAUUAACAACAUAUAAUAUUCCAUCAACUAAUAAUUCUCAUAACUUAAAUACUACACUAAAUAAUACGUUGAAUAGUAAUUUAAAUAAUAAAAUGAAUCUUCCUAAUAUAAGUACUCAAAAUAGUAGCAAUAUAAAUGCUUUUAAUAAAAAUAUUUUAUUAACUUCAUCUAAUAUGAAUAAUAUAGUAAAUGAAAACAUUAUAAAUCAAUUUACAACUUCUAGUAAUAACAACAAUUUAAAUAAUUUAAGUAAUGAAAUAAAUUUAACUAAUUUUUCUAAAUCUAAUAAUAAUUUUAUGAAUUUGAAUAAUAAUAAAAACAUUAGUGAUAAUUCAUUAAAAGUAAGAGAAAUUGUAAAUUAUGAUUAUAUAAAUGAUAAAGAAAAUAUGAUAGAUAUAAAUAAAAUAAAUGAAGUAAGCAAAAAUGUCAUGGUUAAUGAAUCCAACUCAAAUCUGAAUAAUAUAAAUAUAUUAAACCGAAAUUUAAAUUUGCUAAAUCAAAAUAUGAAUAAUAAUUCUAUGAUUAACAUUAGUAGUAAUUUUAAUAAUAAUAAUAAUAGUAAUAAUAAUAAUAAUAUGAACAAUUUAAAUUAUAUGAAUAAUAUCACUAAUUUAAAUAAUUACAAUGGUAUGAGUGUUUUAAAAAAUGAUAAAGAAUUAAAAGGAAGCGAAAAUAAUACUGAUAUAAACAAAGAUAUUGUAUUAAAUAAAAACAGUGUAGUUGAUGGAAUUCUAAGUAGUAAUAUUAAUCAUAAUAAUAUUAGCACAGAUAAUUAUGCAAAUAUUUUAAAACACUUAUGUACACCUAUUAAAGGUAGAACAACAAACAAAACUGAAAACUUGAAUGAAAAUUUAAAUUCAGAAGAAUUAAAUAGUGAUAAUAAAUUUACGGGAAGUAAUAAAGAAAACAACAAUUCUAAUAUAAAUGAAAAUAUAGUAACAAAUGAAAAUAUUCCAGUAGAUAUAUACAAUAAUACAACAUUUAAUAAUACACCAGAUGAAGUAUCAAUAUUAACAAAUAAUAGCAUAAACAAUGUUGAAGUAGUUUAUAAUAAUGAAUUUAAUAAUAAUAAUAAUAACAAUGAUAUUAAUAUAAAAUCUAAUACUAAUAAAGAAGGAAAUAAUAAUAUAUAUGAAUUAAAAAAAUUGAAUUUAUUUGCUGAAAAUAAAAAGAGGGAUAAACAAACUUCUAAUGAAAAUAAAUCAAGUAAACUAAAGAAAUCUAAAACGAAGGUUUUUUUUUAUAUUAAUCCCAAAUAUAUAAUAGAGCCUCUAAAAAGAAAAAUUUACCAAAACAUGUCUAUUUACAUUGAAAAUUUAAUUAGUGAUAUAAAAUCAAUUGAAAAUAAAAAUAGAGCAGAAAUAUUAACAAAUUUACAUAAUACAUCUUGGUUUUGUAUGAUUUUUGAUUUUGAUGCUAUUAGCAAAUUAUUAAAUGUUUUUAAUAAAUAUUUAAUUUAUUCUGAUUCUCUAAUUAUCCCUGAUAUUCUGAUAUCAAAUAAGCUUGAAUCAGAUAAUAAUAUGAUAAAAGAUAAAGAAAAUAAUGAUUCUUAUAUAAAAAGUAUGAAUUCUUUUUUUUCAAAAAGUGACAAAUUGGAAUUAUUGAAUCAAAAAAUAUACGAUUAUGAAAAUAAUAUAAUUGAAAAUGUAGAAAAAUUAAAUUAUUUAAAAGAAUUAUGUAAUUCUUUAAAAGAGCAAGUUGGUGUUAAAAAAAAAAAACUCUUAUUAUUACUAGAAAAAGCAAAACUAAAAAAUUUUACAUAUAAAAAUAAACAAUUGCAAACCAUCCUUGAUAUAGACAAAAAAACAAAAAUAGAUGAAAAUUUAAAUUUAAAUUUAAAUAACGAAUAUUAUAAAAUAUUUAAAAAAAUAAAUGAGGGAUUAAAUGUUUUAAAAAAAUACUCCAAUAUUAUUAUAUCAAAUCAAACAUUGCAUAAUGAAAUUAAUAAUGAUGAUACAAAUCUCAGGAUUUCUGAAUCAACUAUAUCAACUGAUGAUUUAAGUUGUGAUAAUAACUGCAAUGAAGAAGAUGAUAUUAGUAAUAUGCAUAUAUCACCUAACAAUAAGCAUAAAAGAAAAAUUUUCAAUAAUCAAGAACCCUUUCCAAAAACAGAUAAUUCGAUGGAAGAGUUAAAUGAAAAUAAUAAUCAAGAAACUAAUAAAAAAAGAAAAACGAUUAAACAAAUUAAGAAUUUGCAAUGGCAAAUAGAAGAUAAUGAAGAAUGGGUAGAUGAAUUUUUAGAUGACUUUUAA